GGGCACUGGUGGGUAGCCAUAGUAUUGGUUGGUGAGGGAGUGACUUGUAGCAUGCUAAUAACUAAUCUUCUACUCUCUUGAAGACGCCUAUAUGUCACACUCAGUCACCAAACAGGCUCGCGCUGUUGUGGUCCGACACUAAGACUAACACUCAAACCGAUUUCGGUUUGGAAGGACCCUUACUUCCUUGCACACACGCGGUCCGCCGGUCAUGAUGGAGGACAAGCCGCCGGCGCCGCCCGUGCGCAUGGCGAGCGUGCGCGCUGGUGGCGAGCGGGCGCCGGCCGACCUGCUAGCCGGCCAGCUGUCGCGGCCGCUGCCGCGAGAGCCGGACGACGAGCGCAAGCGCCGGCUGAAGGCCAAGCAGACUAAGAAGCACGCCGAGAAGCCGGCCAUCUCGUACCCGACCAACUUCGAGCACACGGUGCACGUCGGCUUCGACCCGGUGACGGGCGAGUUCAGCGGUAUGCCCGACUCGUGGGUAUCGCUGCUCUCCAGCUCGAACAUCAGCGUGCAGGAGCGGCAGCAGAACCCACAGGCUGUCAUCGACGUGCUCAACUACUACGACGCGUCCACCAAGGACAAGGAGCAGCACAAGUACAUGGUGCCGAAGGCGGCCGAGCACGGCGGCUCGUGGUCGUCGUCGAGCCGCUCGCCGCGGCCCAGCCUGGCCUCGCAGCCGUCGAGCACGGCCGGCGCCGCGCUGCCGGGCUCGCGACACACGUCGUCGACGUCGGCGACCACGGCCAGCACACCCGAUACGGCGUCGGCCGAGGUGGCAGAGGACGAGGACGAGGAGGAGGAGGACGCGUCGCCGCCACCGCCGCCGGUGGCCGCGCGGCCUGAGCGCACCAAGUCCAUCUACACCAAGCCGAUCGAGGAGGAGGAGGCGGCGCUGCCCACGAACGGCGCGCUGGACACCAACAAGAACCCGACGGCGGCGCCACCGACGCCGGCGCGGCGUGAGGGCGGCCGCGCGCGCAGCAAGAUGACCGACGAGGAGAUCCUAGAGCGGCUGCGCUGCAUCGUGACGGUCGGCGAUCCGCACCGCAAGUACACGAAGAUGGAGAAGAUCGGCCAGGGCGCGUCCGGCACCGUCUACACGGCCAUUGAGACGGCCACCGGCGUCGAGGUGGCCAUCAAGCAGAUGAACUUGUCCCAGCAGCCCAAGAAAGAGCUGAUCAUCAACGAGAUCGUGGUAAUGCGCGAGAACAAGCACCCGAACGUGGUCAACUACCUGGACAGCUUCCUGGUGGGUGAGGAGCUGUGGGUGGUGAUGGAGUACCUGCCGGGCGGCUCGCUGACGGACGUUGUGACCGAAACGUGCAUGGACGAGGGCCAGAUCGCGGCUGUGUGCCGCGAGGUGCUGCAGGCGCUGCAGUUCCUGCACGUCAACCACGUCAUCCACCGCGACAUCAAGUCGGACAACAUCCUGCUCGGCAUGGACGGCUCCGUCAAGCUGACCGACUUCGGCUUCUGCGCGCAGAUCUCGCCCGAGCAGACCAAGCGCACCACGAUGGUGGGCACGCCGUACUGGAUGGCGCCCGAGGUGGUGACGCGCAAGCAGUACGGCCCCAAGGUGGACGUCUGGUCGCUGGGCAUCAUGGCCAUUGAGAUGAUCGAGGGUGAGCCGCCCUACCUGAACGAAAACCCGCUGCGCGCGCUCUACCUGAUCGCCACCAACGGCCGGCCAGAGGUAAAGGAGCGCGAGAAGCUGUCGGGGCCGUUCCAGGACUUCCUCGACCUCUGCCUGGAGGUGGACGUGGAGCGGCGGCCGCAGGCGGCCGAGCUGCUGAAGCACCCAUUCAUGAAGACGUGCCGGCCGCUCGCCAGCCUGCACCCGCUGAUCCUGGCCGCCCGUGAGGCCAUCCGGGGUCACUAGCGCCCCCUCCCCGAUCCCCUCACACGCAUCUGCCCGGCCGGCCACCCGCGAGCCCCCCUCCCCCGCGCCCCUCUGGCGCCGGCAGGAGUCGCGGCGACCGUCGGCCGUCUUCGUCGCGUCCCCUGAAUCUCGCGGCCGACUGGCGCGCCAUCUCCAGUAUCUGGCGGAUGCGCAGCCGCCGGCCGGACUCUGCCGCGUCUCAUCGAUCACGUGUCUGCAUCGCCCGGUGCGGCGUCCGCCCGCCCGCCGGAGCCGACUGGGGCGGGAGCUGCUACAUCGAAACCAGACUUGCGUCGUGCAGCGGGGGCGCGGCCGCUUUUUUACGGAGCGGCGCGUCCGCCCUCGGUUUGUAGCUAUUUUGUUUAUUUAGGCAGGAUGUUUUCGUCGGUGGUCAGCCAGUUUGGGCAGUUCUGAGCGCACCAGUUCUCAUGAAUCCUGUGUUGAUUAUGUAAGCAAUCUGAAAGGAGGAAUACGUGAUAUUCGUACUUUAGACAAAAUGGCUUUUCAGCUGCAGUUCGUUCUUGCCAAUUACGUUUAUUGACUUGUUUCCAGCUGCGACCACGUUCAUCACGGUCAUUGGAAAACCUCGUGGGGUUUGUGCUCUGCUGACGUUAUUCGAAUGAAUGAGUGUCGUAUUUUGACAGGACAUUUUGCUUUUCGAAUAAACGAACCAUAAUGCGGA